AGCCUGGUCUUCAGGAUUGUCCAGUGUUUGAGCCUGCGUGCCAGAAUUGGCAUCAAGCUUGGCAUAUGUACUGUAACUAAUAUAUAGGUUGUUAUUCAGUACAGCUGCAAACGUUCGCUUCUCUCAGGAUUCGAAUUGGGAUUGUUGUUGAUGGUGGUCUAUUUUGCCUUGCGAAAUUGCAUAGAAUUUCAGUGAAUUUGCACAUGUUUUCGGUCUUCACAUCCCUAAAUAUCUACUGAUUAUUACAUCAUUCCUGCAGCCCAUUCUGGCCGUGGAUCACGUUAAAUCGUUUGCUUCCAUGUCAACGACGGUUGUAGGCCAGAGGCCGGCUCCUCACCGCCCUUUCCGCGGUUUAGUUCAAGUGGGCUACACUCCUUCACGAGCUACACCCCCAGCCACGCCUGUUGAUGCGACGACAACGCGUGAGGAGGCGCUUCUUGCAACUUCCGUCAAUGGAUGUAUUACUGGUGUCAGUCAUAUAAAACCUUUCUUCCUACCCCCUCGUGGUCAAGGAGAGGGAAAUCAUGGCUCUGUGGAGAAAGGUUUGGGCUACGGGGCAUUCGGAGUUGUUUGGUCAGUUAUCGAUCCACGUGAUGGUCAAAAAGUGGCACUCAAACGCAUACCACGGGUUUUUCAUAAUCCUAUUACAGCUAAACGUGUUCAUCGGGAAUUAAAAAUGCUCUCUUGUCUUAAACAUGAAAAUAUUGUAAAUUUAAUCGAUGUAGUGAAAUCGGAAAGUUAUUUGAAUUUCGAAGAAAUUUACUUUUUGUUUGAAUUAAUGCAAACGGAUCUGCACAAAAUUAUUGUCUCACCACAGCCAUUAUCUUUAGACCAUGUGAAAAUAUUUGUUUAUCAAAUAUUACGAGGUUUAAAAUAUCUUCAUUCAGCUCGGAUUAUACAUCGUGAUAUUAAACCAGGAAAUAUGUUGGUCAAUUCGAACUGUCUGCUAAAAAUAUGUGAUUUUGGUUUGGCACGAAUUGAUGAUCCAUUUGGAGAGGCUGUUCUUACACAAGAGGUUGUUACACAAUAUUAUCGAUCGCCGGAACUACUUAUGGAAGCAACACGUUAUUCAUAUGCCGUAGAUAUUUGGAGUGUUGGAUGUACUUUUGCUGAAUUAUUAGGUCGACGUAUUCUAUUCCCAGCUCGAAGUCCUUUAGAACAAUUAGAAUUGAUUAUUAAUCUUACUGGAAGUCCUAGUCCUGGAGAUUUAGAAAGUUGUCAUCCAGAUGCAUGUUGUUUUGUACUUUCAUCAAGAUUACGUGAUCCCAAUCUUUCUAUUCUUUAUGCUCUUACACCUGAUGUGAAUGAAUUAACUGUUCAUCUAUUGGGUAGUAUGCUCAAAUUCAAUCCGCGUCAGCGCAUUUCUGCUACCGAUGCAUUAAAUCAUCCAUUUCUGGAAGAAGCACGUCUACGUUAUCAUUCAUGUAUGUGUUCUUGUUGUCAUGAUGUCACAUUGAACUCUGUCAAUGAUGAUAAUGUUCAAACAACAGCUGGAUUUUGUUGUGCUCCAUCAUCAUCAGCCUCAUCAUCAUGUGCUUCAUCAUCGACUCCGUCGUCUGAUUCAAUACAAAGUAUUAAUGGAAAAUGUUUGCAUAGAUAUGAAGCGAAAACUGCUGCUAAUGCUAUGCCAUCAGGUAGUGGGAAUUCAACAUUUUCUUCUUCUAAUGCUACUACCACCAGUGGUCCUACACCUAGAAGACGUUAUUUUCAUGAUCUUGAUCCAAUUUGUUCAAUUCUACUUCCACUUGAUUUAGAUUCAGGAUUUCGUCGUCUCUCCGAUGCUAAACGUGUUUUAUGGGAUGGUAUACAAGAAUAUUAUCGUCGAGAUGAUCGGUUAACAAGGGUUGUGCUCAAUCGAAAUGCUGCCAAUUACAACAGUUUUAUUAAUUCUUCAGUUGCACAAGCCAAAGAAAUCCCUGCUAGUCAUCGUUGGCAUUAAUCGUCAAAACUAGGCAAUUACUCAUAACGGUUUAUCAAUAUACAUGUAUCAAGUCGAAAUUUGUAUGUAACCAUUUUGUAAGGUAUUUUAAUGCUAGAUGCUGUUUUUUUUCUGAAAACGUGAUAUUUUUCCCAUCAAAAAAUCACACUGAUUGGUAAUUGUCUUCCAAUACUCUAUUAUACUACAACAGAAAACCAAUAAUACACAUAGGAGAAUGGUGCUUUCCUCCCUAUUGCCCAUUGUCGCCCACCUUCAUCUACUUCACAUCAAUUUUUAGCGAGAACAUAGGACACAGUAUGAAUAUGUGAAAACAUUGUCAGAAUAUUCACCAUUUUAUUUACUGUCAUCUUUAUAUACAUCCAUCUGAUCGGUUCUAUAGUUGAUCACCCUCUGCUUUACAUCAUCAAUAUUGUUGUAAUUUCUUAAUAUGUCUUUUUAUUGCUUACAAAAACAAACACUUGUUGUCAUUGUCUUAUUUUUAUUGCUUUUAUGCCUCCAUUUUAAUAAUUGUCUGAAAGUUUUUGUGCAAUUUCUUUUCGCUUGAAUUUUCUUAGGUUUAAUUUAUUUCCGUAUAUGUAUGAGCAUCAUUUUUAUGUGUUCUUUAAUAUUCUUUUUGAAACAAAACAUUAAUUAUUGUUAGUUGUCUGUGCUGUGUUAGUUUGUGCUUUCGUUUAUCUCGUUCACCCAUCGACCCCACCUAACACGUUAUGUUAUUAUCACCAUGAUCGCCAUUUGUUCUUUGUUUUAUUUAUUUUUCUUUGCAUCACAAACAAUCAACAACGUUAUUUGAUUUCAUUUUUAAUUAAAAAGAGAAAGUGUUACACGUACCGAAACACAUAAACUCAUGCACACACAAACUUGCAUUCGCUUCUUCCUAGUUUUAUAAUAAUCAUAUAGGCUUUCGUUCAUUAUUCAAUCAUGCCAAAAGAGCUUUCUUUAUUUUUUUUCCUUUAUUUGUUUCACUCUAAUGUUGCAAUACUGUGUGUCUGUGUAUGACCCAUUCUUGUAUUUUUUUAGGUUAAACUAGUUUAAUAUUUAUUGACUUUCUUUAUCUCUCUCUAUGUGUAUGUAUAGGACAAUUUGACUCUAAUCAAAUCCAAGUACAUACACAAUACUUAGUUUCGUAUUAUUGAAGCAGGGAAAUCCUUUUGAUUGCUUGUUUAUGAAGUUGGAAUUCCUGUUUCUUUCUCUCUUUCUGUGUACGUGUGUGCAUCGUAGCUCAGGUUUGAACACAAAAAUUUGCACGAUACUGAACUUUUCCACAAAGAAAAAAUAACUACUAAUUUCUUUUGUUAUAACAAGUAAUAUUCACCUCAUAUGAUAUUUUCAUGUUCAGGAUUAUUCAAUCAAAUCAGUAAAUGAGUACAAAUAUUCUAAACAGGUAGUUUUUUCUAUAAAAAGAACAAAUCCAUUUUUUUCGAUUAUCUCUUCUUCUGCUUACAUAACAUAAAUAUAUCAUGUACAACCAUUUAUUUAUUUAUUCAUAGUAUGUGUUUAACACUCAAUCGUAUUUCAUUCAAAUUAAUAAUCUCUAGUACACAAUACAUGGUCUCUUUCCCUAUACAUAUAUAUAUAUAUAUAUAUAUAUAU